AUGGAUGAGGCUCUAAAUAGUUUCAGAAGCUUACUUACUCCCCCCCCAUCCUUGAUCGAACGACUCGCCAUCGUUCGAUCAAGGAUGGGUUAACAAAAAAUUUUUUUGGGAAAAAACUUUUAUAUAUAAAAAAUAAAUAUAUAUAUAUAUAUAUAUAUUUUUUUAUUUACUUUUAAAUAAGAGGGUUAGGACUAUUUAAUAAUUAUUUUUACAGCAAAAAAUUGAAUUAAUUUCAUAAAAAUACCAAUUUUUAAUAUUUUGAUUUAUUAGUUACUACUUUAAACUGUAUAAAUUUUAAAGAAAUCUCUGUUUUAUUAGAUUAUUAAGUUUUUAGGCCUAGGUUGAUGACUAAAUCACUUCGAAUAGUUGAUUCCGCAGCUUUUUGUCGAUUCAAAGUCUCUGAAAACAACUUCAUUAUGCACAUCUUCCCAAGCUUUUGAUAAAUAAUAUAUUUUUAUAUAUAUAAAAAUUUGCAUGAUAUGAAAAUCGUUCGAUCAAGGAUGGGGGUUAAUUUCCCCAAAUUUUAGGAAUUUUUACAGUCAAUCGUUCGAUCAAGGAUGGGGGGGAGUUAGCGAAUUUAGCCAAGAUGACAACACUGCAAAGGAAAACUUGAUUAACUCAUAUACAGCACUUGCUUAUUCUGUUAAAAAGCCAGAAGAUAUUACAGAAGAAUUUAUUUUAGCUUUGCAUCAAUUUGCUGAUCUGGAUAUAGCAUUUCCCCAGUUUUUCGGAUUUUGUGGAUAUGAUAUUUUGGAGCCAACUAUUCUUUUGCAGAUUAUCGCAUUUGAUAAUAAAACUGAGCCUCUAGGAACUAUUUCUAAUCUAAUAGGAAUAAAAUCAAGGCCAAAAGAAUUGCAAAUCCAACUUAAUGCUAUUGCUUCAUAUCUUAGAUCAAACUCUGAGGAACAUCCUUUAGAGCAGUUUAGUGCGAGCCUACAAAAUGAGCGCGAAGAUGUGCUUAACACAUUUAAAACAGUCAUUCUAUUUUAUGUGCCAUACAUCUUGCAGAACCUUUCUAAUAAAGAUUUAUCAAGAAGCUUACUCCCCCCCCCCCCUCCGUGAGCGAACAAAACCAUUAGAAAAAUCGCCAUUUUUUGACCAAAAACCCACCCUCCGUGAGUGAACAAAAAUUUUUUUAAUAGAAAAAAUUUUAAUGGAAAAAAAUUUUGAUAUAUAAGUGAUAAUUAGUAUAAUGAAAUCUAGAGCUAAUUCUGUUUAAUUUUAAACAAAUUGCGUUUUAAAACAUAAAUUUUGCAAAUUAAAUUAAUAUUUGCUUCCCAAUUUUUGCAAAUUAGGAUUUUUUUAAAUUUCGAAAAAAAAAUAUUUUUUAUAAAAUUUAUAUAUAUAAAUUUUUUUAAAAAAAAAAAAAAUUAACCCCCCUCCGUGAGCGAACAAAAUUUUUUUGUUCGCUCACGGAGGGGGGGGGGGGAGUUAGAAGAAUUCAAAUAUUUGUGAAAUUUUUUCGAUAAAGAUAUCAACAUUUAUAAUAACUUUCUCAGCUCAGAAUCGAUGCUACAAUUUUUGAAUGUUAUAAAAGCUAGAAAAAUUGAUUUGAAAAAGGAAGCUUACAAUCAAAGCUUAAAUUUAUUACUAACAUUUGCAGCAUUUUAUGAGAAAGCUGGGAUUUCACAAGAAAACAAAGAAAUAGUGAUAGAUUUAAUUGAAGAAAUUUGUGGAAGCUAUAUGAUGAUAAUCAAUAAUUGAAUUAAUAAAGAAACUGUCACUCAAAACUUUUCUGAUGGACUUUCUGUAUUAACAGAAGAGGUAUCUUGCAAGCGAGCAAUGAAAUUUCCUUUGAUAUUAUCUCCUUUAAGAAGACUUCAAAUAUUUUUGCCAAUAGUUUCAGCAAGUGCUAAAAGCUUGCCAAAUACAUUUUUAAAUGUUACAAGUCAUUGCUUAUACCAUUUCAACGAAAAGUUUGGAAACGUAGCAUCUCCCACACUUUUGGUUCCUAAAAAAGUGUCCUCAGAAGACAUAUGUGUUGCAUUCUUAGAUGUAGCUGGAGGAAUGUUCGAAGCCAAACUUAGAAAUGACAUUUUAAAGCUUUUCGAACAGUUUUUAGAAAAAUUCCAGAGGCAUCAUUACAUCAACAUAUUAAAAAACACAAUCAUUAUAUACCCACAUGAUCGGGCAAAGGGAAUGCUGAUUGAUUAUCUAACUAAAGAUUUAACAAAAGGUUUUGCAGUUGGCUAUGAAAAAUACAUCGAAAUCAUCAAAGAAACUCUUGCACUUAGACCUUUGCUUGACUAUUUGGAUUCUUAUUUAGCUGCAAUUAGCCUGUACAAGAUUUUAGUAGGGAAACUAAAAGACAUGGGAAUGAGGCAAGAUUUGGGUGUCAAACCUUUGCUUGAAGAAAUUUAUAAAGAACUUUCAACACUUUAUGAUGUAGAUCGAAGCCAGCAUAAAGUUGGGCUUGUGCUGUGGAGUAUUAAAGAUGCUGAAGAGUUAGACAAGCCACUUUUCAAAAGGGUGCCUAAGAAUAAUAAAUAA